CUCUGUGAUUAUAGCCGCGAUUUUAUUGUUAUCUUUCCCUUUUAUUCGCCGUUUCCUUUACGAGCUAUUCCUUCGACUGCACUAAGCCCUAGCCACAGCUUCGGUAUCUACUAUCCGGUACUCUGCUGCCCCAGCUGUAUAUUUAUAUUCCGCUUAGCACAAUACUACUUGUAUUGCUGGUCGAACUUUUCCUUUUUAUCUUUAGGAACGGUGUCUUCCCCCUACGUCCCUAUUCUCGUACCUCUAUCAGAUAUAAUCGGGUGCAAUAAACGCCGAUACAGAGCAAAGAGUAAGGAUUGCACUUAUAAGGCCCCUAUAUAUCGAGGUAGGCCAAUAUAUAAGCCUCUGGAUACCCGCGGGCUCACUGAGACUAUUCACUAUCGUACAGCCCUAGAUAGCUAUACUUCCUUGACAGUAUUUGUUAACAGGCCGUAUAGAGUCAGCAAAUCUGUAGACUAUUACGAAUACGUCUUGGUAAUUACAACCGAUUUCGGUAUAGUAGGUAUUAUAUCUUAUCUUAAAAAGCUCCUGUACGGGUACAACACUUAUACGUUAUAUAUACGCCGGCUUUAUUUAAACGGGCCAGAAGUCCCUCUGCUAUCAGAUAGGAGCUUACAGUUAACGCAGUCUACAGACAGCAACAAAGAGACAAUAACAAUAGGCGUAUAUACCUUUACGAAACGUAGAAACACAGAAAUCCAACCUAUCGUGAUCAACGAAAAAGAACAACUCGACGAGACUAUAAGCGCAAAACAAGCUCGAGACGUCGAAGACUGCGGUAAUAGCUUAAUCACAAUUAUACGAUCCGACGGCCCGAUUGCCUCGUUUAAGUCUCUUUUACUCAACUGUCACUUAUAUACCUUACCUCGUGUUAACUUGACUUCGUCCCUAACGAUCUAUAUUUAUUUCGAAAAUCAUAUCAAUGAUUUGAAGGAAAGUGAGAAUAACGGUAUUCCGCUUAACCGACAACAGAGGGCAAUCCCUACGAUCGCUAGAGAUUCUAUCUUAUAG